AUGGGCAGUGGAGUAUGUGGAUUGCUUAUAUGGGUAUUGUCCAUUUUGUGUUUGAUGUGUGUUUCACAAGGAUUUGAUCCUGUUGAUAAUUACCUGAUAGACUGUGGAUCACCCACCGAUACACCGGUUGGAAAUCGGGUUUUCAUGACUGAUAAUUCCCAUUCUAAUACUCUUUCAACCCCACAGAACAUAUUUGCCAAUAUAAGCUCGAAAUCCAUUUCAUCUCCCUUGGACUUAGCUUUGUAUCAAACAGCAAGAGUUCUUAAUGGAAACUCCCGUUACAAUUUUUCAAUCAAACAACAUGGAAGGCACUUGGUCCGCCUCCAUUUCUUCCCAUUUGUUGACAAAAACUACAAUUUGAGUGAGGCUAAAUUCUCCGUUUCUGCCCAAACUUUCACACUUCUUAGAGAUUACCAACCACAGAGUGUCCCUGUAGUUAAAGAGUACUCCUUGAACAUAACUUCUGAUAAUCUAGUCCUCAGUUUCAUCCCUUCUGCCGAUUCAUUCGCCUUCCUUAAUGCCUUGGAAGUUUUUUCACUUCCCCGUGAUCUCGUCCCGGACGGUGCUGAAGUCAUUGAUCCUCCUGGGAAGUACCAAAAUCUGAGGACACAAGCAUUAGAGACAGUGUUGAGGGUGAAUAUGGGAAAUCAAACAGUAUUCCCUCAGAAUGAUACCUUGUGGAGACAUUGGCUCUCAGAUGAUACAUUUUUGAAACACAAAAAUCUCGUCAAAUUUGUGUCCAAUUUGAGUUCUGUGAAUUAUACAAGAGGAUGGCCUAAUCAGGACAUUGCUCCCUCCUCUGUCUAUGGCACUGCAACCAGGUUGGACUCACAACAUAAUCCUGGCACCAUUGCCAAUGUGACCUGGUUGUUUGAUUUGGAUUCGGGUUUCGAUUAUUUAAUCCGGUUUCAUUUCUGCGACAUUGUAAGUCGUUCACCUAAACAACUGUUUUUCAAUGUUUAUUUCAACUCCUGGUUUGUUGCCAGGGAUCUUGAUCUUAGUAAUUUAACGUCAAACAUCUUGGGCGCCCCAUAUUACCUUGAUGCCAUCGUAAGGUUAAGAAAUAGCGGUCAGAUCAACAUAAGUGUUGGCCCUUCUGAUGUUUAUAAUGCUUAUCCAGAUGCCAUUCUUAAUGGGUUGGAGGUGAUGAAAAUAAGCAAUUCCAGGCACAGCCUCGACACUAUAGACUCCUUGGCAUCAAGUUCUAAGAAAAAAGUUUGGGUGAUAGGGGGCUCAGCAGCCGGGGCAUUGUUUAUAAUUUUGAUUCUGGCUUUGGUUUUCUUCCUAGUAUUCAGAAGCCGAAGACAGGCACAUGUCGAUCACUCAACACAGGAUGAUUUCACCAUGAAUGGAGGAGAAAGUUUUCAGCAGAAUAAACAAUCCAGGGGAACUUCCAUUUUUUCCAGACCGAAAAAUGGGUAUCGAAUCCCUUUUGUGGCAGUUCAAGAGGCUACUGAUAAUUUCAGUGAAAGUUUGGUCAUUGGAAUUGGUGGUUUUGGGAAGGUUUACAAGGGGGUUUUAAGUGAUGAAGCAAAAGUGGCAGUGAAGAGAGGGGUUUCUCAAUCUCAGCAGGGACUAGCAGAAUUUCAGACUGAGAUUGAAAUGUUGUCUCAGUUUUGUCAUCGCCAUUUGGUGUCCUUGAUAGGCUAUUGCAAUGAAAAGAAUGAGAUGAUCAUAAUUUAUGAGUACAUGGAGAAGGGUACCCUGAAGAAUCAUCUGUAUGGCUCAGAACUUCCCAAAUUGAAUUGGAGACAGAGGCUUGAAAUUUGCAUUGGAUCAGCAAGGGGACUUCACUAUCUUCACACAGGUCCUGCUAAGGCUAUUAUUCAUCGCGAUGUCAAGUCUGCAAAUAUAUUACUGGAUGAAAAUCUCAUGGCUAAAGUUGGCGAUUUUGGUCUUUCAAAGGCUGGUCCCGAGAUUGAUCAGACACACGUUAGCACAGCAGUGAAAGGGAGUUUUGGUUACCUUGAUCCAGAGUAUUUGACAACGCAACAACUGACUGAGAAAUCAGAUGUGUACUCCUUUGGCGUAGUUAUGCUUGAAGUUCUUUCCGGGAGGCCUGUUAUUGAUCCAUCCCUUCCAAGGGAAAUGGUAAAUUUGGUUGAUUUGGCAAUGGAGUUACAGAAGAAAGGUGAGCUCGAAAAGAUUGUAGACCCUCAUAUAAUGAGUGAAAUAAAACCAGAAUCAUUGAGGAGGUUUGGAGAGACUGCUGAGAAAUGCUUGGCAGAACAUGGCCAUGAUCGCCCUGCGAUGGGAGCUGUGUUAUGGAAUUUGGAAUAUGCACUUCACCUUCAAGGAAACGUUAUUAGACACAGUCCAAACAGUGAACUGUCAAAACAUCAGUGGGAGACUAGUGUUUCUACGACGCAAUACAGUAUGGGAAGUAUGGGUGAUCUUGCUGAUGUUUCGAUGGGUAGAGUUUUCUCCCAGAUGGUGAAAGCAGAAAUGAUGUAGAUUGAGGAGGGAAACAAUCCUUCAACACAAUCAGAGUUCCAUUUGUCAUUGAUAGUCAAUUUUCUUUACUUCAGCUUUUUAUUUUUCUUUUUG